CUGUUUUUAUGGUCGUGAUGCAAAAGGUUUGCAAUGUCAGAAGAGCAGUCCACUUCAGGUGCUGGCUGGAGAAAAAGGCUAUCACAAGCUGUAGCUGGACCUAAAGUUGCUGCUGAGCUGGAGGAAGGCGAUGAUUCAAGAAGACACACCAUAACUUCCACUUGUGGUGUAGAUGUACCAUUGCGUUGUUUCAGCACACUACCUAGGCCUUCAGUUGCUACCGAAAUUCGUGUGGUGCCGCAAUUAGCUAGUGAGCCUGCAAGAAUGAGUCCUGUUCCUGUUCCAGCUUUAGAAACUACUUUUUCUGUCGGGUCAUUUCAAAGGAAUUCACGAGGUUUUAAGAACAAAUUUUGCAACUUGUUUCAUGUCUGGGAUAAUCGUUUUACUUUGAAAGUAUUUGGAAGCAGAAAUGGAAUCAGAAGAGAAGAGGAACGAAGGAGACAUUGUAAACGUUUUGUAAUUCAUCCUUGCAGCAAGUUUAGGAUCUACUGGGACCUACUGAUGCUCUGUAUUCUCUUGAUCAAUGUGAUUCUGUUGCCUGUGGCUAUUGCAUUCUACCAUGAGACGUUCAUGGGAUGGUUUAUCUUCAAUGUUGUAUCUGAUGUGAUAUUUAUAAUUGAUAUUGUCCUCAAUUUCUGGACUGGGAUUCUCUUUGAAGAAAGUUUUGUUCUGCUCGAGUUGAAUAAGAUUCAAAAAUAUUACGCCACACGCUGGCUUAUUUUUGAUGUUGUUUCCAUACUUCCAUUUGACUACAUAUUCAAUGGGAUGUUCCAUGCUGGCAACACAGUUCUUAGUCUACUACGUCUAAUAAAGUUGUCAAGUCUCCUUCGGUUGUUUCGAGUUGUGAGAUUUCUACACUACCUCUCUAAAUGGCAAAAAAUACUCAUUGCCACUAAAUCUUUUUCACGUGUGAUCAAAUUUGUGCUGGCUGUUCUCCUGCUAGCUCAUUGGAAUGCGUGUGUUCAAUUCCUUGUUCCGUACUUGCAAGAUUUCCCAAAUGACUCUUGGGUAUCAAUCAACAACUUGCAGAAUGCAUCAGUUGGUGCUCAGUACUCGUGGGGGCUCUUCAAGGCAUUCUCUCAUAUGCUGUGCAUUGGGUUUGGUCGCUGGCCUCCUCAGAACAUUAUUGAAGUAUGGGUGACUAUGAUCAGUAUGCUUAUGGGAGCCUCACUCUAUGCAAUGUUCAUUGGGUACAUAUCCACUCUCAUUCAAUCUGAAACGUGUGCAAGUCGUUCAUACAAUGAAAAGCUCAAGAAAGUGGAAGAGUACAUGCGCUACAGAAAGCUACCACAAAACAUCAAGCAUAGAGUCCAUGAGUACUAUUAUCAGAGGUACCACGGGCAGCUGUUUAAUGAGGAGGCCAUUCUAAUGGAGUUGUCACAGGCAAUCAGACAGGAUGUUGUCAUAUACAAUUGUAGCCAACUUGUCAAGGUGGUCCCUUUCUUCUCCAAUGCUGAAGAACCAUUUAUUACCUCUGUGUUGACUCGUCUUAAGUUUGAAGUGUUUCUACCAGGCCAGCACAUAAUUCGGUGUGGUAGCAUGGGGAGCAAGAUGUACUUUAUUCAGCAUGGAAGUGUGGAUGUAAUUGACUCGAAUGGUGAUCUUAUCACUCAUCUCACAGACGGCUCUUACUUUGGAGAGAUCUGCCUGCUGAUGAAGUGUCGACGGGUGGCUGGUGUGAAGGCCACCACCGUGUGUGAUCUCUACUGCCUCUCCAAGGAAGACUUUGAUCACGUGCUUGAUGAAUUCCCUGACAUGAGGUUAAUCAUGGAGUCAGUAGCAAGAGAACGGCUGGAAAUGAUCCAACCACCAACUCCUCCUCACACUGCUCUGAACAUUACUAACCAAUCACAAUUUAACUCUAGCCACAGAGCUGGUGGGUUACUUGAUACUAUUCCCAGUAACAAUUCUAUAGAUCCUAAUACUAUGGCAUGAUAUUUUUACUAAAUUGCUUGUGUGUAUGUGCAUCAUAAAAUUAAUUUGUGUGGUAAUACAAAAAAAAGAUUUGGUGACUUCCAUAAGUGUUUAUU